AUGAAAGAUCGCUCCUGGUUUGGUGAUAACUACACACCUUUCGACACCUUUUUCGAAAAAGACUCGGUCAUCACGGCCCCAAUCAAGGUAAUCGGGGUCGGAACUGUCACUCUGCGCGUCAAGAAAUAUUCACUUGACGAUGGCGCAGGAGCACAUGGAAAACUGCGCCUAGAAAACGUACUACAUGCCCCUGAUGGGAUCUGCAAUAUGCUUGGAAAUGUCGCCUCUGAGAGAUAUACGAUUUCUGUCUUGUCGUUCAACCCGGACGACGGCCUUUGCAGCUGGUCUCUCGACAAAUGUUCCCCUCAAGCGCCGAUCGCCUGGCUGAGUCAGAAACGCUUCCUAGAGAUUCUUUUGAGUGAGCCUCCAUUCAGCCCUGUGGUUGGCCCUUCACCGUUUAACCCCGAGGUUCCCUACCAACUUCGGGCCACUUGGCCUGUUGCGGAGCAGCAGAAAUUUGCAGCUCUGAAGGGCUCUCAGGAGACUUCAGAAACCUCUCCAGAAAACCUCCCUCUUAAUCCAACAGAGAAAGCAAGGCUAACAAAGCAUUGGGUGAACGAGUUCAGGUUCCUGCGGAGCUACGGACUGAGCAUCUACUCCAAAGAGUACCAGUAA